AUGGAAGGCCCCUCCCUCAACCCGCCACCUUCAGGCACAGCGAUGUACCCGGACCAGAUGCCCCUACCUUCCGUGCUGCACCUGCCUUACGAAGCUCCGCCCUCAGCCGCCUACCUGUCAUCUGCCCCGCCCCCUCCUCUGGCUCACUCUCCCCACCACUCUUACCACCCCAUCGUGCCCGCCUCUGCACAUUGGGGAGGACACACCUCGCGGGUCUACUGCCCCGCCCCCAACCCCGCCCACGUGGUGGGUUACAUCACUGCUCCGUCCGCGCACUUCAUGCCGCCUAGCGCCUGACGCCCACUUGCACCAACCCUGGCUAGCUUGCCACUGAAUUAAGUUUGUUUAGCUUGUUAGGAUGGGCAUCUUUGAGUUUGUCCCAGCCAAUCGGAGAGGAGGGUGUGGCCAGUCCAUUUUUUGUUGAAGGGAUGUUUUGUUCGCGGAUUGGUUUUUGUUCACUUGGUUAAUAAAGUUUGUCACCAGCAAGAAA